CAGAGGAAACUGGUGUUACAUUAAUGCUACCUUGCAAGCAUUGGUGGGUUGUCCACCAUUCUUCAACUUGUUAAGACAGCUACCUUACAUUAAGGAAAGAGGUCCAACAUCAACACCUAUUCUGGACAGUCUUGUAGUCUUUAUGAAUGAAUUUAAAGAGCUCCAAGUUAAACCAGCAAGUAAUUCCCCUGUACCUUCCAAGAUUGAUUUCACCACUGGAGAACCAUUUGAACCUUCAAAUGUUUACAAGAUGCUGUUAAUCAUUCAGAGUUCACUUUCAACUAAGGGUCGCCAAGAAGAUGCACAGGAAUUUCUGAGCUGUAUUCUGAAUGGAAUGCAUGAAGAGAUGCUACAGCUCUCCCAGAUGAUUUCUGGGCCAGUCAAAGCUCAAGAGAAGGAUGCUGACUUGGCACUCAUGACUGAUGACUUUACAGUUGAUGACGAACUCACUCCUGAAGGGCAGGAAGAUGAUGGAGACUGGGAACAAGUUGGACCCAGGAACAAAUCAAUGGUAACCAGAAUGGCAUCAUACCCACAGUCACUCAUUUCAGACAUAUUUGGUGGAUUUCUACGCUCCUCUGUCCAUCAGACUGGUUUGAAAGAUUCUGCUAAUGUGGAACCAUUCUUUGAACUUCAACUGGAUGUGCAGACUGUCACGUCAGUGGAGGAAGCGUUAAAGAAUUUGGUUUUAAAGGAAGAAUUACAAGGAUACACUUGUACAAAGACCAAAUUACAGGUUGACGUGUCACGUCGCGUGACCCUUGAAGGCCUUCCAAAGGUCCUUAUUCUGCACUUGAAGAGAUUUAUUUACUCUAAGGCUGGAAGCCAAAAGCUUACCAAAGUCAUCGAUUACCCCUUAGAGCUCACUAUUGGCAAAGAACUGUUAUCCUCAAAUGUAAGAAACAAGUAUUCUGCUGCGCAGAAAACCUACAAACUCUUCGCCGUGGUGUAUCACCAUGGAAAGAAUGCCUGUGGCGGCCAUUACACCAGCGAUGUUUGUCAUGCAACGCACGGAUGGAUCAGAGCGGACGAUACACGACUCAAAGUCGUUCCCUUCAACUACGUUUUAAAACCCACACAGGGAAAAGAUCCUUACAUGCUGUUCUAUCGAAGGAUAGACCUUAUGCCUUGAGUGAAAAAACCCAUCACGCGCACGAGGGAGGGGUAUUUGCGGUAAUACCGUCAGGGGUACGGAAGUAGCAAUAGUAGUGUACAGAGUACAAAUAUUCUCGUUGUAACCGUUAUAUGGAUCGUCACGCAGAAGUCCUCCCCGGUUGCGUGACUAGUUGUGUGACGAGCUAUAUAAUGGCUACGAAGGGGACGGUGCAAGGUGAUGGCUGAGACUGAAGUAGAAUUAGGAUAUUUUGGUAGGUAGUUAUGACACAAUUGGGGUUGAAACAAAAGUCAAAAAGAAAAAAAAAGUAAUACAAUUGGGGGUAUUCUUCUACACGCUUGUUUACGACGGAUAAGGAGUAUUUUCUACUAACAUAAUUUAGAUAACAUGAUAUUUCUCUCAGUGAAUAUUUUGUAGAUUUCUUGAUCUUUAAUAGUAUCUGUGUUUGAGGCUGACCAUGUUUCCUUGACAGGAAACGAACACACAGACUUACGUGGAGAACUGAAAGCUUACAGCAAGCCAAUAACAAAUUGGCUUGUAAAUAUAGCAUAAGCUAGCGGGCCGCAUUGCACCCGUCAGUAGCAAACAUUCCGAAAAGAGACGGCUGAAUUUCACGCAUGGUAUGGGCUAGUUCAGUGAUGAAAACUUGAGAAGAUUCUAAAUUCAGUCUAAGAGUACAUGUAAAUGCAAGUUUAAUGAUUGAGCCCAACUAAUUGUGGAGGGAUGGCCAAAGGCUCAAGGUCCGUUGUAAGAAAUAACUCGGAAAUAUUUUGUCGAUAGAUUGGAACGACUGAAUAUUAUAUUUUUUUUCUCCACACGAAGUCAAGUUUGGACAUUCGGUCCUGAACAAGCCAACGCUUGACUGUCUAUAUGUAGCUUUGUAGAUAUUGUAAGGGUUUAGAAUUGCAGUUACGGGUAGUAGGUAGUAGAUAGUCGAUUGGAAAAAACUGAGAGGUUCAGAAAAAAAAAGGGCGGAAAAAUUACGGACCAAUGGGACCUGUCUAUAUUGGCAAUCCCCAAUUGGUUGAGAAAGCAGUGUCUUUUUUCUUAUUGGUUAGAGCAUUUAAUUACUGAAACCAAUGGAAAAUCAUCAAACAACCAGCUCAGAGAAAUACUGUGUGUAUUGCAUCUACUCGAAGAAGCCACGCGGCGAUUAAGCGCCGCGGUCGAAUAACCGCCGCACAUAGCAAGAAUAGUAAUAAGCGUCUCGAGCCCCAAGUUUCUGCCCUUAUUCGAAUUGGAUCACGCUUCUUUGCAAGUACUUGACACCAAGAUACAAAAGAAUGGCAUUGUUUUUGAUAACUGUUCUAUGCAGAAAAGGUUGCUAACGAUUUUUGAACUAGUGCCACAUAACGUCGCCAAGUUCAAUAUUCAGUGCGCCGCUUUUUCGAGUAAAUAAGGUACGUAAUUUUCAGCUUGAAAUUUUAAUCACCAAAUUUUGGACUCUCGACUUUCUUUUUUUGCGCCAAAUUUGUCUUCGGGUGUACUUGAAUGGAAGUUACUAAACGGUGCAUUUAUAGUUCGUGUGAAGCCUGUCUGUUAGGUGGUAGGAAUUCCAAGCACGAGGGCAAAAGUGGAAUAUGAAGUCCACUGAUGAUGAUGAUUGGUCACUAGAGAUUGGUCACUAGAGACUUGAUACAAUGGGUGUUAAUAAACGCGUCCCUAGUAACGGGCUUCAGCAAAACUCGAUGAAAUUUUUACGUGAAGAAGCUUUGAAAGCAAGGAACGAUAUCGAGAAGCUUUCACCCAGAUUACAGUGGUUGUACCUAUGACGGCACUUGCGAAAAUGGCACAGACACGCUCACAUGCUCGAGAAAUAAGUUCAGUGAUUUUGAGGACGCUUGGAGAAAUGAUUAAACCAGGCAAUAGUCUGGACACUGUUUUUCGUUAUAACAAAAACGGAUGCCAGAAGUCAGACCUAGCGUUUGUACCGGCAAAGAUUAACGAAUCUGAUACCAAGCUUGGUUGUGCACGGAUAAGCAACGGAUAAUGAAGUUUAUUACAACAGGUUUGGCUGUCGAAGAAGUCUUUUCGUAAAACGAUCGGUUCGGAAAGAUUAAACAAAAACGCCGGGAUGGUGAACCUACAUUCAUGCACUUGGUCACCAAGGUGAACCAUUUUUGGUCUAUAAAUACAAGAUCUCGUUCGUCAAAGGUAAAACUGUAACUUCCACGAGCGACCAUGUCCGCCGAACACCAGCAGUGAUGUAAAAUUUCUUUACCUUCUUAGAACAAGCUCAAGCAGAUAGGUCGUUAGAAAUGAAGUACCCGAUCAAUUCAUGUAAAAAGUAAAGAGUACAUGAAAAACAGCAAGUAGAAUUUUCAGACUAAACUUGUCCCAUCUCCGAACAGUGCAACUGGGGGUCGCUUUGCGGGAGUUCAUUUUACCAUAAAUAUUAACGUCACCAUUUUAUCCCGUGCAUUCAGAAAAUUAACUCAUACAACGGUUUGUGACUAAAAACGUAAGCAAGGCAAUGACCUAAUCAUACUUUGAGGCAAGGCGCGCGAAAACACGCAACGCGAGGAAAAACUCGCGGAAAUUAAGGGUGCUCUCCAUUAUGCCAAAAAUUCCGGAAAUUUCGGUCGGAAGUCAAAUGGAAAGGUGUUUCUGUUCGGUGUGACCGAAAUAUUCGUGACCACCUCUGGAGGUGGUCCAUUUUGACCGGUCAGACCGGUUAGACCGAAAUUUGCCGUUCCCCUUGGUUGGCCCGGUUUGAUCGCAAAAUGUCGUUCCAUUUUCUUUGGGUAGCCCACUGGUCGGUCUGGCAUAAUGGAAGCACCCCAAGUCACGAUUGGUCUCGGUUGCUCCUGAUUGGUUUAAAACGAUAAACCGCGCGUUUGCCAAUUGGUUACGGUGCGUACCCAGUUUACAUGUCAUGUACAAGAACACUUUUGUAAACGAUUUACGACUUAAUAAAGGAUGCUUGAAAGAGACGAUAGUCAAUGA